GCAGUUUUAAAUGAGUGUGUCGCAUGACAUCGUAUCGUAAGAGAACACCUUCUUUUCAUGUGUCCUAACAAAACCGAAAAUACAACAUAAAAUUUAGAGCAUUACCAUUAUGGAUAUUCGGAACGAGGUAAAAACCGUGGAUAAAGAUUUCGAAAAGAAGAAAUUUGUCGUACGAAAUGCUGCUGAUAUUCAACGGGCAAAGUUGGAAAAACUUAUGAAAAAUCCGGAGAAACCAGUAAUUAUCCCUGAAUCGGCAAAGGAACGUGAUUUCUCGAAUGCCAUUCCUUCGUUCGUGCGCAACGUUAUGGGAUCUAGUGCGGGAGCCGGAUCCGGUGAGUUCCAUGUCUACCGGCAUCUUAGACGAAAAGAGUACGCCCGACAGAAGCAUAUACAAGAGAAAAGCCGAUCGGAACAAUUGGAUGAUGACUUCCAAGCGAGGCUGGAGCAGAAUCGUUUACAAGCAGAAGAAAAAACUGCAAAAAAGCGUGCAAAACGGUUGAAGAAAAAGAGCAAACAGAAAGCUAAUCGUGGCAAAAAACCACGAAAGGAAGAACCGUCCGAUGAAAGUGACGAUGAUGAUGAGGACACGGGACAGGAAAAUUUAGAAGAAAAGGAGGAUACGCACGAUGACCCAACAGGACAUGAAGAGGAUACGCGUGAUACUGUUCGGAAAAUCGUAGCAAACGACGUUAAGGAGUCUAUACAAUCUGGAGAAUCCAGAAAUGAUCAAGAAAAAGAGGAAAAAACGGCAGAAUCGCUGAAGAAGAAGAGCAAGCAUAGAGUUAUUCGUGGUAAAAAUUCAGGAAAGCACGAAGUCUUCGAUGAAAGUGGCGAUGAUGAUGCUGAGGAAGAAGAGAAUAUACAAGAUGAAAACAAAGAGCAGGAGAAUCUAGCGAAGCAGUGCGAUACACGGGAUAAGGUUGCAGAAUCAGAAAAUGUAGAGAUGAAAGAAGAUAUGCAGGAUGAGGACACAGGACGCGAAAAUGUGGAGAUCAAAGAAGAUACCCCAGAUGCAUGCACAAAAAUCAAGCAACAUGGCGAUGAACCUAUGCAAAGUGGAGACUGUGGGCAACUAAAAGUUGUGAAAACUGCAAGCCAACAGAAGAAUGAACCGAAUGUUAUUCGAGGCAAGACAAGGGAAAAUAACAAAACAUCCGAUGAAAGUAAGUGUGAUGAGACGGAGAAUGAAGAUAUGCAGAAUGAAAUCACAAGAGAGAAAAAUGUAGAUAAGAAAGAAGAUACCGAAAAUACCCACAGGGAAAUUUUGCAAAAUAACGGGAUAGAUUUCACGCAAUCUAAGGAAUCCCGAAGUGAAAAAAUUCAGAUGGUCGUGUCAACGCAAUCAGCAGGAAAUAAUGAAAUUGAAUCGGAAGAUGUCGCAGGAAUUAGUAAGCAGGCUCCUGAAUUCGACAAUGAAGCGAAAAAAGCUGCGAAAUGAACAAACAUCUAUUAACAGUUCUAAGUAAUGAAUGUUCAAGUCAAAUAUAAUUGACGCGAAUGAAAUCUGAAAACUGAUUCAGUCAUUAUUGAGCUCUAAUCACUUCUAAAGUUGAAUUCGAUUAGUCUAAAAGCGAUAUGUACUACAGAACACGUUCACAGAGAUGGGAGAGAAAUGAUCAAGUUAAAACGAUCCGACUUCUCUUGUAUAAUAUUGGGUUUUUGUGCAACUUUUGGACUGCAUCAAAACUAUGACCCUCUUAACCUUCAUUAUUGAAUUACGUAAGAAUUAAAUCUGUGUUAAUGUUAGCUUAUCAGUGGUUCAAAUAGGGGAGGCCUAAAAACGACAGGCUAAAUUUUUUUCAGGUAAAUGUUUCCAAAUAAAUUCAUAAGUGAAAUCAGAAGAAGAUGCUUUAAUUCAAAUAAUAGAAAUUCGAUCUUAUCAGUAUGUACUACUAUUCUAACAUGGUACACAGUAAUAGUAUGGGAUCAUCCAAAUACCGCGCGGACAGUUUAGGGGAGGGUAGGGGUUACGAGAAAGUCCACACUUGUCCAUGGGGAGGGGGGUUAGGGUAUUGGAGAUGUCCACGUGGACUUUUCAUUAAAUUUUUGUCUUCUAUAAGAAAAAUUUGUAUCGUCAUUGGUGUGAACGCUUCCCAAGUAACAAUUGAGGUUAUAUACUGCCCAUAAUCGUAAGUCAGUCCCAUGUAGUUAGGGAAUCCCAUAGAACAUGGGAUUCCCUAUCUACAUGGGAUUCCCUAUCUAACGGGAUAGAUUUCACGCAAUCUAAGGAAUCCCGAAGUGAAAAAAUUCAGAUGGUCGAGUCAACGCAAUCAGCAGGAAAUAAUGAAACUGAAUCGGAAGAUGUCGCAGGAAUUAGUAAGCAGGCUCCUGAAUUCGACAAUGAAGCCGAAAACGGUGACCAUGAUUCAAAAAAAGCAGCGAAAUAAACAAACAUCUAUUAACAGUUCUAAGUAAUGAAUGUUCAAGUCAAAUAUAAUUGACGCGAAUGAAAUCUGAAAACUGAUUCAGUCAUUAUUGAGCUCUAAUCACUUCUAAAGUUGAAUUCGAUUAGUCUAAAAGCGAUAUGUACUACAGAACACUUUCACAGAGAUGGGAGAGAAAUGAUCAAGUUAAAACGAUCCGACUUCUCUUGUAUAAUAUUGGGUUUUUAUGCAACUUUUGGAUUGCAUCAAAACUAUGACCCUCUUAACCUUCAUUAUUGGAUUACGUAAGAAUUAAAUCUGUGUUAAUGUUAGCUUAUCGGUGGUUUAACUAAGAGAGUCCUAAAAACGACAGGCUA